GAGUCUGCGACCCGGGUCGGGGAGAGAGGGCAGCGGCCACUAGAGCUAAGGCGCGCUGGAUCCCCAGAGGGCGGAGGACCUCCGCUGCGCAUCCGGCUUUUCCUAGCCACGUUCCAUCGGGGCCCUCCCCCGCGAACCCCCAUUUGACAGAUGCGAAAAUUGAGGCUUCGAGAGGCCAAGUGAUUCUCAAGGUCACACGAGGAGGCGGCAGAGCCAGGCGGGGACGGUUCUGGGUGGCUUCUAGGAAAAGUCCGCCUGAGCACUCCGUACAGGAGCUCCCCGGUCCUCCAGCCUUGGGGAGUGAGUAUGUGUAGGGCCAGGGUACCUUUCCGUGGGGCAAGGCUCUGCCAAAAUCUGGGAGUGAGGGGAAUCAGGGCGCUGGGACCGCGGGGCGGGCCCUACACCGCAGAUGGGAGGGGGGCGACGGAAUGGGCGUGCGCACCCAUGGGGGUGUGUGCAUGUGUGUGGGAGUGUACAUGCGUGGAGAAGCACUGCCUUGCGUGUGUGCACACGUGUGAGGAUGUCAGCGCCUGUGUGGUCGCGGGACUCGAGGCUGGCCUGGCUCAAGUGAACAGCAGGUCCAGGAGGCGACCUCGUCCACGGGUUUGCAUUCUGGGGUAGACGAGCCGGGUAUGUGUGCCUGAGGGUUCCUUCGUGCAGGUGUGCACGGGGUGUGGGUACCAUUGUGUGUGAGAGACGCAGGAUGGGAGGCUGGUGCCUGUGGCCCGGUGCGUGUAAGUGCGGGCGCCUGCACCUCUAUGUAGGUCCCCGGCCUCCGACGAAUAACUUGGGUGUGGAGUGUUUGCCCCUGCCAGGGUGCGUAUGACCAGUGACCGGAGUUGCUAAUGGUGUCAUGCACCCACCGGCCACCCCCGGCGCGAGCGCCCUCCUCUGGACACCCUGCUCCGUGCGCGCUCACAGUUCGCCUGUGCGGGGCCAGGGCCGGGGUCAGGAGCCGGGAUAGGGAGGAAGAGGGCCUGUGGACGAGCUGAGCCGGGACCCCUGGGAUCUUUGCGGAGGUGGCAUGGGAGCGCUCAGUUCCCAGGCUCAGGCUUCCCGUUGACGCCUCCGGGCCGCAGCGGUCUCCCCCCGCCCUAGGAAUGUUCCUCUCCCAUCCAGUCCGCCUCCCCUAGGGCAGGCCCCUGGGGGCUGCCGCAUCCCCGCCUCGCCUUCCCGGGCUCCCGGGAAGAGGGGAGGCGGGCAGGACGCCUGGGUUCUCUCCUCCCCCCUCCCAUACCAGGGAGAAAUUCCUCCGAGGUCCCCUCAGGCUCCAGGUUCCCAAAAUAACCCUGCGGGGGAAGGGAGGCUGUGGAGGGAGGGAAGCGGGAGGGGCGCAGAGCCGAGCUGCGGGGUGCUGCAGGUGCCUCUGGGGAGAGGACGCGAGGAGAAGGGGGCCUGCGGAGGGCUGGGCGGCAGGCAGUCCUGGGAUCCUGGCUCCCCCGUCCUCGUGAAGCCCCUUGGCCCUCCUGCGACUCCGAGGGUGGGCCGGAAGCCUGUCCGCGGGUCCAUUUCCCAACUGGCGGGUUGCACCAUCCCCGGCCAGACCGUUUAACCCCGGGAGUGGCCGCGGCGGACAACUCCGCCCCUGUCCAGCAGGGGGCGUGCCCGCCCCGCCCCGUUUCUGCCCGCGGGGUUGCUCCCCCGCCCGCGCCUCCGCAGACUCCCGAUCUGCCUCUCCCGGGACAGGGGUUCUGUCCGAGACCGGUGGGAGGCUCCCGGAGCGCAGUCUGAGCCCAGCCCACCCCGCGCCGGCGGCCAUGGCGGGCACCCUGGACCUGGACAAGGGCUGCACGGUCGAGGAGCUGCUCCGCGGGUGCAUCGAAGCCUUCGAUGACUCCGGGAAGGUACGGGACCCGCAGCUGGUGCGCAUGUUCCUCAUGAUGCACCCCUGGUACAUCCCCUCCUCUCAGCUGGCGGCCAAGCUGCUCCACAUCUACCAACAAUCCCGCAAGGACAACUCCAAUUCCCUGCAGGUGAAAACGUGCCACCUGGUCAGGUACUGGAUCUCUGCCUUCCCGGCGGAGUUUGACUUAAACCCGGAGCUGGCUGAGCAGAUCAAGGAGCUGAAGGCUCUGUUAGACCAAGAAGGGAACCGGCGGCACAGCAGCCUCAUCGACAUAGACAGCGUCCCUACCUACAAGUGGAAGCGGCAGGUGACUCAGCGGAACCCUGUGGGACAGAAAAAGCGCAAGAUGUCCUUGUUGUUUGACCACCUGGAGCCCAUGGAGCUGGCGGAGCAUCUCACCUACUUGGAGUAUCGCUCCUUCUGCAAGAUCCUGUUUCAGGACUAUCACAGUUUCGUGACUCACGGCUGCACUGUGGACAACCCCGUCCUGGAGCGGUUCAUCUCCCUCUUCAACAGCGUCUCGCAGUGGGUGCAGCUCAUGAUCCUCAGCAAACCUACAGCCCCACAGCGGGCCCUGGUCAUCACACACUUUGUUCACGUGGCAGAGAAGCUGCUGCAGCUGCAGAACUUCAACACGCUGAUGGCAGUGGUCGGGGGCCUAAGCCACAGCUCCAUCUCCCGCCUCAAGGAGACCCACAGCCACGUUAGCCCUGAGACCAUCAAGCUCUGGGAGGGUCUCACAGAACUAGUGACGGCGACAGGCAACUAUGGCAACUACCGGCGCCGGCUGGCAGCUUGUGUGGGCUUCCGCUUCCCUAUUCUGGGUGUGCACCUCAAGGACCUGGUGGCCUUGCAGCUGGCACUGCCUGACUGGCUGGACCCAGCCCGGACCCGGCUCAAUGGGGCCAAGAUGAAGCAGCUCUUUAGCAUCCUGGAGGAGCUGGCCAUGGUGACCAGCCUGCGGCCACCAGUACAGGCCAACCCUGACCUGCUGAGCCUGCUCACGGUGUCUCUGGACCAGUAUCAGACGGAGGAUGAGCUGUACCAACUGUCCCUGCAGCGGGAGCCGCGCUCCAAGUCCUCGCCAACCAGCCCCACGAGUUGCACCCCACCACCCCGGCCCCCGGUGUUGGAGGAGUGGACCUCGGCUGCCAAACCUAAGCUGGAUCAAGCCCUUGUGGUGGAGCACAUCGAGAAGAUGGUGGAGUCUGUGUUCCGGAACUUUGACGUCGAUGGGGAUGGCCACAUCUCACAGGAAGAAUUCCAGAUCAUCCGUGGGAACUUCCCUUACCUCAGCGCCUUUGGGGACCUCGACCAGAACCAGGAUGGCUGCAUCAGCAGGGAGGAGAUGGUGUCCUAUUUCCUGCGCUCCAGCUCUGUGCUGGGGGGCCGCAUGGGCUUCGUACACAACUUCCAGGAGAGCAACUCCUUGCGCCCGGUCGCCUGCCGCCAUUGCAAAGCCCUGAUCCUGGGCAUCUACAAGCAGGGCCUCAAAUGCCGAGCCUGUGGUGUGAACUGCCACAAGCAGUGCAAGGAUCGCCUGUCAGUUGAGUGUCGGCGCAGGGCCCAGAGUGUAAGCCUGGAGGGGUCUGCACCCUCACCCUCACCCACGCACAGCCACCAUCACCGCGCCUUCAGCUUCUCCCUGCCCCGCCCUGGCAGGCGAGGCUCCAGGCCUCCAGUGUGUUCUGCAGCAAUCCGCCUCCCAGCAGAGAUCCGUGAGGAGGAGGUACAGACGGUGGAGGAUGGGGUUUUUGACAUCCACUUGUAAUAGAUGCUGUGGUUGGAUCAAGGACUCAUUCCUGCCUUGGAGAAAAGACUUCAACCAGAGCAGGAAGCCUGGGGGUGUUGGGGCAGGAGACUGGGGCUGGGGGUGGGAUAUGAGGGUGGCAUGCAGCUGAGGGCAGGGCCAGGGCUGGCGUCCCUAAGGUUGUACAGACUCUUGUGAAUAUUUGUAUUUUCCAGAUGGAAUAAAAAGGCCCGUGUAAUUAAUCUUCA